UGAACUGCGACAACAAAUGCAGAUUCUCGUCAAAUAGAACAAACAGUGUUUUAAUACAAUGUUUGGUAAACUGCCACCAACCACUAACAACACACCUGGUCCACCCUGUUUGCCAGCCGAGAAUGCUCCACCGGACAACAAGUGGAGGCUCAACAAGGAGACUAGUGCUUCCACCAAUCACGAGAUACCUGAGCUCAACAAACAGCAGCAACAAACUUGCAGUGCUUCCAAAGACUACCAGCACUGUAGAACUUCUGCGAGCAACCUUGUUUUCGUACAAAAGUAUCCUGGUGCCUCUAGAAUUCCCAGCAGUAGUGCUUCCAAGCCUGGCAAGUCUGGUCUGACUGCAGACUCUAUAGCCAGUUACCGUGAGGCUAUUAAAUCAACCAAAAAGUCGUGCAGAGAUAUGCAAACCAUGAUUCCUAGUCGAAGGGAUCAUAGUAGAAGAUUAAACAAUACUGAUGUGGAUGAGGUGGAUGCUUGUCUUUUGUCAGAUUCCAGACUAGAGCCACCAAGGAAAAAUCAAAAGUCAGAGAUGAUUAUGCCUCAUGAUUUUAGUACUUCUACACCAUCUAAAAACAAGUACAGUGACAAAGAGAAUAUGCCAGCAGAGUUUCAAUCGUCACCAAGGAGUUACAAGGACCGUGAAAAGUGUAAUGACCCUUGGAGACCUACCGAACUUGACAAUGGUCUGAGUGGGCUCAAUUAUACAGGAGAGUGUAUACAGGACAAAAGACGUACUGGUGCCUCAUGUCAAGCUCUUAGGCAUGCUGUGGCAUCCUUGCAUCGACUUGAUGACUUCUACCUUGAGAAAAUUGGUGCUGGCUUUUUCUCUGAGGUUUUCAAGGUCACCCACAAAGUGACGGGACAGGUGAUGGUCCUGAAAAUGAACCAACUUCCGGCGAAUCGACCCAACAUGCUCAAGGAGGUGCAACUGAUGAACAAACUCAGCCAUCCGAAUAUUUUGAGGUUCAUGGGUGUCUGCGUGCACGAGGGUCAAUUGCACGCCUUGACCGAGUACAUCAACGGCGGCAGCUUGGAGCAAUUAAUAAUGUCGAAGCACAUCCCAUUGCCGCACCACACGCGAAUAAAACUAGCUCGAGACACGGCUUGCGGCAUGGCGUAUCUCCAUAACAAAGGGCUGUUUCAUCGAGAUCUCACCUCGAAAAACGUGCUAGUGAAGAGGGACGAUGCGACCGACGAACUGACAGCGGUCGUCGGCGACUUUGGACUCGCGGCUAAAAUCCCGGAUCCAAGUACUGGCUAUCGGUUGAGUACAGUUGGUAGUCCAUACUGGAUGUCACCUGAGUGUCUGAAAGGCCAAUGGUACGAUCAUCGAUCCGACGUGUUCUCCUUUGGCAUCGUCGUUUGCGAACUCAUCGGAAGGGUACCUGCCGAUCCUGACGUUCUACCUAGAUCCGACAAUUUCGGAUUGGACUAUCUGGCUGUAGCCGAGAUUUGUGCUGCGGCUGAUCCUCCGCCGGCUUUUUUACAAUUAGCUUUUCAUUGCUGCACGUACGAACCACGUUCCAGACCAACUUUCCCGGAGAUCGUGCAAACCUUGGACAAUUUGAUCGAUUCACGCGCCGAGGAGUCGAAACAUGGUAACCUGUCAUCCAAACGUCAGUCGGUCGAUCAGGAAUUAAUGUCAAGUAUGAAUGAAAUUGGUCGUCAGUCGCGACCCAUAGGUCGACGAUGUGCGCGACUACGAAGUCAUUCGGCAGACGCGCGUGCUUGUGCCAACUCACCAGCACCUUGCGAUAAAGCUCGCUGUCACUCAGCGAGAAGAGUUGCUGAAUUGGCCAGUAAAAGAGAUCCACAUUACAGACCUAUGACGGCAAAUCCGUUCCAUGCGCUCGGUGGCGUGAAAAAGAUUCUAGGUGAUUUAUUUUCCAGUUGCUUGGAAUUGCCAUCUUUGGAGGAUGUUAGGUCUAGUGGUGAAGCUAGUGCUAGUGGAAGUAGUAGUGACACUAGCGGGAAGUUCAAAGGAGCGCAGAAUGACAGUAUUGCUAAAAUUCUCGUGAGGAAAAAACCCAGCUCUGAACCUAGUAGCCCCACUGCUAGAAAAAAGUGGGAGAAAAAGGUCUUGACAAAAGUCGGCGCAACGAGUCUGUUCGCACAUCCUUUAUUUCGUGACGGUUGGGAGCCUCGAAGAAGAGGUAGUUGCGAGUCAGGCUUCUGGAGCUGCGUAGGCGAAGAUUUGAGUCCAGAACCUCCAAAUCGACGUCAUACUUCGACACUUAGCAGUUCAGCCGCCUCGUCGCUUUUUCUUCUCGACGAUCAUCGUACAAGCUCAAUCUACACCGAUUCCAGCGAGGAUAUUGCAAGUUUAGGUGGCGGCGAUUCUGCAUGUUGGGAGGAACGUCUUGGACGUGAAUCCAGCAAAACUAUUGCGAAAAUUGUAGAUUACUUCGAACGCAAACAAGCUGGCAGAGGAGAACACUCGCACGACGUACCUAAUCGAAUCGCAUUGUUGAGAGCAAAAUUGGAAGGUUCGAUGCCGUUGUGUAGUAUGAGUGCAGCUCAGAGACUGGUGGUAUGCGAGGGUGCGGUACGAAGCAAACUACCCUUGUUCGACAAGAAGUGACGAGAGGGCUCGAGACUACUAAGAAACUCGGGUGCAUGAGAAUAAGACUGUGAUGUGGGGGCUACGUCACUUCGUUGUUAUACAUUGUAUGCAGUUCCUAGGUAGGCAGCUCCGUCCUGUAGGCAUUGUUGUUGAUUUUUUUCUUUUCCUUUUGACCGGAGAAGCUCGUGCGAUGUUUGAUAUGAACUCAUAGACUGACUUACGUUUCUUUUUACGUAAUUGUACAUAAUACAGCAAGAGACAGAAAGAGAGAAAGAGAGAAAGAGAGAGAGAGAGGGGGGGGGGGUGAGAGCGGGAGAGAGAGGCAGUGAGAGCGAAAGAGAGAGAGAGAGGACCUCGAGAUGAUUAGAUUUAUUUAUUUUGCACGAGCUUUAUUGUAUUUUCUCUUUUUGAAAUCGAUAGUAAAGCAAGGAGUAAGCAUUAUUAUUAUUAUUAUUAUUAUUAUUAUUUUCUUCUCUUACCCCUUGCUUUUUCAAUCUUCCUGAGAACGUCCGUCAGUGUCAAUUCAGUGUCAAAUCAUAGAUGUUUUAAAAACGGAAAGAAAAAAAUGAUAAGAAAGUCUUCUGUCAUACUGAAUGCGAGCAAGAGUGAUUGGCCUAUAUAGACAAAGACAACGCAGAAAAUAUACCCCUCCAAAAUACGAGACAAAGUGAGAGAGUAACGUGUAUAUUCGAUAUGGGUACGCGUGUGUGAUGAUUUAGAUCCAGUUUUUUAAAAUCGAUAUAAUAUAUUUUGUUGAGAGUGAUAUAUACUUGUCUCCCCGCGUAUUUUUGUUGCUAGUAAAUCUUCUUAUAGAUGAAUUUAAUAUAAAACCAUGUGAGAGAAUGCCAAGCUAAAGAAAUUAUAUAUCUAUAUAAAUAAUUAAUUUAAUAUAUCGAUAAAUGUACAUGAAACUGAUCUAGUCAGUGUAUUGAAUUGAGGCGGCCUUAUAUUUUAUAUAAACACACAUACUUGAAUACAUUAGAAAAAAAAAAUGGAAAAUAAAAAAAAAAGGUAACGAACAAAACACGUUGUAAAACUUCAUUGAAACAGCACGAUUUUAGCGAAACGCCUGUAUAUAAUAUUUUGACGUAAACGAUGGAAUUGUCGAUUGAAUCCGAAAGUCUGAUGUCUUAUAUACCUGCGUUUAUUGGAUAGAAAUUCAUGUGGAGACCAGAAUUUUUUAUUACCACAACUUCGAUUUACAGUAUUUUAAUUGCUUAGUCUGCUGAAAGUAUUUUUAAUUAUAUUUUACGAUAAGUACAAAGGAAUGAAAAAAGUCAAUGAUUUAUACCGACAAUUCAAACCGAAGAAUUUUGACGAAAGGUAAUAAAACAAUUUCUGGGCUCCUCACAUUGAUAGUAGCCGAGCAAAAAAAGAAAAAUAAGAAUGGAAAAUUGUCAUUAAUCUCCAAUGAAAAAACCGCUUAAAAUAAACUAUUAUGAAGUAAUACUGUUGAGAAAAACCAAAUAUAUAUCUAAAAAAAUCAUAAUAAUUGUUCAAUUAAAGACGUCUUGGUAAAGAGACAUCUUGAAUAGUUUAAUCGUCUGUUUCUGCAUAAUAAUUACCACAUACGAAUCCGUCGUCUCGUCGUAUUAUUUUUUUUUUCGAAACAGAUUUUACCAAAUUCGUAUUUAAAGUAUAUACAUAAAAAUUGGAAUAAUCAUUGUUGAAUAAUCAUUGGGGUUGUGACGUAGUUGAACGUCCGGCUCCAAAUGAUAAGACUGUGUGUUUGGUGAAUAUAAUAUACAUGUAUGUAAGAAUGAGUAUUAAAUCUUUUGAAUGUCUUCACUUUAUACGCCGCAAUGUUUAAAAUAUAUUUAUCUUCCCGCAGAAACGAUUAAAAUUCAAUAAAUAACAGUUAAACGUCUUUUUCAUAACAAAGUUGUAGACACUUUUAUACAGAUUGAAUAAAGCACUUGCUCAUUAUUCAGAAAUCAAUACUGAAAAUGAAAUAAUUUUAAUAAUUUAAAUCGAUGUACUUGAACUUCUUAAUUAACUUUCUACGGUGUUUACGUAAUAAAGCUGAAGGAACUUGUGAACUUAUAAAUCUUAACAUAGUCUGUAAUAGCAGUGGUUUGUUAUUUGUAUUUUUACGCGUAGAUGAAAACUGUGAGGAUCCUACAAAUAUGUAUUCCGAUAGAGUUGUAUCGAAUAGAAACUUCCAUAUGAACAGCUUCUUGCACGACACAUCAGAAAUAAUGUACAUAACAGUCGAAGCAAAAAAAAUAAAAACAACCGAUUUUUUUAGACAUUUUAUAGAUUUAGAAAUAUACAGCCAAGAAAAACUCCGAGAUUUCGUGACACGCUUCUAAGUACCUGAACAACUUGAGCGAAAAAAGAAGAGCAAAGAAUUUUUAUAAAGACCGACAUAUCUUUAGUGGGGCAUAUCCUAGAAACAAUUGAGCUAAACUUUCUGUAGUAAAAAUUGAAUGAAUGGCAAAAGAAAACUGAGAUGUAAUUUAAAAAUAGGAAACUCCGAGGUUGAAUGUGUGUUGAAGAAUGAGAAAUAAUCCUUCCAAAACACAAGUGAAAAUCAUACAUUAUAUUGAGUGAAUUUUGAAAAGAACAAAAAAAAGAGUUAACGAUACGAUUGAAAUAUAAUUCUUUAAUAAACAAAAAAAUUAUCUCACCUAUACCAUCUAUAUUAUUCGUUUCUUUUUUUUUUGUAUUUUUUGACUGCUGUCUGUGAUUGCGUGUGUGACUCAACAAACACGUUAGGCUGUAUAUAUGAAUAAGAAAAGUCAGAAAUACCGUCUGAAUCAAAUAAAAAAAGUAUACCGUGAGGAUUCUUAACACUGUAUGAUUAUACAUACUUUGUAAUUUCUAACGACUUUUGCUCGUAUUGUAACUAAUAUAAAAGACACGACAUCUUUAAAGAGUAAGUGUGAAAACCUAAAAAAAUGAAUAAAAGUAACACACUGAUAAUAAAUAACUAAUAAUUAAUGAAAUACAAAAUGUGCGAAUGAAUGUGAACGACGGUGGGAUUUUCAGCGAAACUAUACAUAGAUAUAUUAUAUUGUAAAGAUUCCUAUACAUAUAAAAGAUUAAUAAA